AUGGACGUACGUGCUGUCAAUGCCGAAUCGGCGGGGGUCCGGCAUACCCUAUGGCGGCCCAAGACGUCCGAAGUGAUUGUCCCUCCGUUGAACUUUGAUAUGGUCGCGCCGGGCGUGUACCGCAGUGGUCAUCCGAAUGAACGCAACUUUAGUUUCCUCAAACGCUUGAACUUGAAGAGCAUUAUGUAUUUGGCGAGCGACGACUACCGCGAUAACAUGGUGCAGUGGGCACGGCGCGAAGGCAUCCAGGUCUUUCAUCACCGCGUCGCGAUGAACAAGGAGCCGUUUGCAGAGAUGGACGAAACAGAAGUCGCCAGUGCUCUGGCGCAUCUUUUGGACGUGCGCAACCUGCCUGUGCUUGUACACUGCAACAAGGGAAAGUACCGUGUGGGAUGCCUUGUUGGGUGCGUUCGUCGUUUGCAAGGAUGGAGUCACAUUAGCAUUCUCGAAGAGUAUGCGCGCUUUGCCGGCGACAAGAUCGCCGACGAAGAGUUCAUCGAGAUGUUCGACCUAUCGCGCGUCCAACUCGACGCUGCACACCGGCCUACGUGGCUAUAA